AUGAAGGGCGACGUAGCAACACAAGCUCACGAUGACCUGAUGGCAUCCGUGGCCACCAAACCCGACUAUGAAUACGCAAUGCCUGGAUUCAGAGGAUUUGCCGGCAGUAUCUCCGAGGAAGAACUUGUUCGACUCCAGGCUUCUGAGCAUGUAAGCUAUACGCUCGGAUUAACAAAGCUGAGCUCAUGUAAUCAGGUUGAGUACAUCGAACAGAGCGCCAGGAUCCACAGCAACGAGAUCGUGCAACAGAACAACGCUACGUGGGGUCUAGCCCGUAUCUCUCACGCCGAGCCGUAUCAAACGAGUUACCUUUUCGAUUCCAGCGCCGGAGAGGGUACAUGCGCGUAUGUUACCACUUGUUUUCGCGCGUGUCUGAAUUUCGCUCACAAAGCGACCGCAGAUACGUCAUUGACACAGGCAUCGAGGUUGAACAUCCAGAAUUCGGGGGACGUACGUACGAAACAUUCGCCCCUAGAGAUAUGCGCUAACGAUUGGAAAGGUGCUCUCUUCCUAGCGGACUUCAGCGGUGAGGACACCAUGAUCGACGGCAUGGGCCACGGAACUCAUGUGGCUGGUACAAUUGGCUCGAUGACCUGGGGCGUGGCGAAGAAGACGACGCUGCUCGCUGUCCGCGUACUGGACUCGUACGGUUCUGGUACGACCGAAGGCGUCCUUGCGGGUAUGGAGUAUGUUAUUACCGAUGCAGCAAAAAGUAGGGAGGCCGGAGAUUGUCCCAACGGUUUCGUGGCCAAUAUGAGUCUUGGAGGGCGUAGGACGCAGGCCCUUAAUGAUGCUGCCGCUGCCAUCGUCGCAGCGGGAAUCUUCCUUGCUGUCGCAGCAGGCAAUGAGGGACGGAACGCUGAAUUAUCCUCUCCAGCAUCUGAACCUAGUGUCUGCACCGUGGGUGCUACGGCCAUCAACGACACGCUCAUCGAAUGGUCCAAUUAUGGCCCUAUUGUCGACAUCCUGGCGCCCGGCGUUGACAUCACCAGCACUUACCUCGGUGGUACUAUUGAGACGCACUCUGGAACUCCGCAGAAGGCGCCGCCAGCUACGAACAUAGAUCAGAUGCCUCAGGACCAGCGCAAGCAACUCGGUCGCAUGAACAGUUUGAUGUCCCCAGCAGUCACACAAAUAUUGGAAGGUUUAGGCGACGAAGGAUCGGACAGUGAUAGCAGCGAAGAAAAAGACCCAUCCGAACAAGAAGAUCAACGUGCCGCUCAACAAUACACUAAGCCAGCACUCGACCCCCAGAAAUUGCGCCAAGACAAGCAAAAGCACGUCGCUGCCCAGGCGCCUCGCCCUUCAUCUCUAUCACCAAGCAGAAGUUCCCUGAAGACGACCAGCAAAAGCUCUGGCCAUUCUAAGCCGUCUUCGGCGCAUGGCAGCGGAGAUAAGUCCGCAAAGUCCAGACAAAAACAGCCGCACAUGGCGCGAUUCCAUUCUCUGCGCAGCAUGCUUUUUCAACAGAGGAUACAAGACCAGAUGAAGACUGCCACGCAGGAAGAUUGCCAGAAGGAGGAAAAUGCGGCAGACAAAUGGCGGUCUCAACACGCCGAACGCCAGAUGCAUAACCCAGGAACACCUGACCAGGACGCUUCAGGAAAAGGGGGAAUUGGAAGUAGGAUCCGGAUGACAGUAAGACGAAUGACGACCAAGGACGCAGGGAGUAUGGAGAAGAUCAGGGAGGAUGGUGCGCCGGUCGAGUUUAAUGAUCGCGCAUCGACUGCUUCCUCCGACAACGAGAAGGACCAACGAGAAGCAUCGACGACUCGCUAUGAAAGCGACAACGAGAGCAUUGACCAUUCUGAUGUGGACGAGCUGGUACGAUGGGUCAGCCGACGAGAUCCCCCUAGCGAUGGUGAACGACGGAAGGGCGGCGACGUAGUGGAAGCGAAAGAAGACAGUGGUCAUGAGAGCCUGGGGCCAUCAGACGUUGAAGACCUUGUUAGAUUUGCCAGCAGGAAAUCUGACACCAAAGAAACCACUGUGUUCAACGACGCACAUUCAGGUUACAGCGACGCAUCAACUGAAUCCGACAGCGAAAUCCGCGAAAUAUCUUCAGACGAGGAAGAAGACGCAGACGACCUCGUACGCUGGAUAUCGCACCGUGACGGACCCAAAGCAGGCCCCGUGCGCCGCAACCUCCAACGACCCGAGCUAGAUUCCGACGUAGGCGAGCACUACGAUUCCGACGUGCCCGAACUAGGCCGCUGGUUCAAGCGCCACGACGGCACGAGCGGCGAAUCCGCAGCAUCCACGCCAGUCAAAGAAACCUUUGACGAAAUUGACGAGGAAGAACAGCGAGGUCGCCCACGAAGCCGCGAGUCCAUCGAGCCCAUCAAAGAGAAACGCCACAUCACCGACGACGACGUCGACGAGCUCGUCCGCUGGGUCAGCAGGAAAGACUCCAAACAAGACUCCCCGGUACCUGUUGCAGAGAACCCAAUCGACCGUCUAAAGCGCGAAGAGGAAGAAAAACAAACGCAAAUCGGUAUGAGUGUUGAUGACGGGAGUCUUUCCCACGCCGAUCUACAGGAAGUUGUAGAACAUGCGCGGAAAACGAGUGCUGAUAUGGUGAGCCCCCCACCUGCAUCGCCGUUCGCAGUCGAGACGGGCGACUUGAGGGUGCUGAGGGAUGAGAAGACAAAGGCGACACCUCUGGAGCGCGAUUCGCAGCGUGAUUUGGAUGGGCAGAGGGAGAAUCUCGAUGAGAAGAAACAGGAGCUGGGUAUGAGUUUAGACGACGAGAGUUUGAGUCAUAACGAUGUGGCAGAGUUGAUUGAGCAUGUCAGGAAGAUUUAA